AUACACAGCGAGGGUGUUCUAAGAUAAUAACGAGCUCAUCAAAAUAGGUAUCGCAUUUGGCUUUGCGUUUUCCAGUUAUACUUCUGUCAAUGGUGGGAGACAAGUAAAUUUAUUAACAUGAGAAAGGCGCGCAGGUGAACGCGACGAUAUUAUAUCGCGUUAUUAGUUCGCGGCCAACCUUUGCCGCGACCGGUUCCGGUGUUCUCGACCUACUCGUGUGACCUACAGUCGUGUCGCAACGAGACAACUUCUUUCACCUACAUCAGGAUUCCACCAUUUUUGCAACAACAUAACACUGUCGGCCCUGAAGUAGUUUUUAUUUGGCAAUCAUCUUCAUUACAAAUCCAAGCGAGUCUGUAUCUGUUGCCGAAUACCAUUCAAUAAGAAGCACAUACAAACAUACCUGACUAAAUACAGGUAAUCGUAAAAGGAAAUUACAAUGGACCACGUUGAAUUGUAUAUAUAAGACAAUAUAUAUGGAGGAUAUAGACAUGGGUGUGCAAUAAGAAUAGUAAAUGUGACUGGGAAAGCAGAUUUUGAGAAUGGCUACUAAAUUAUGGAUGGCUUUUUCACGGCGGCGGGUUGACGAAGAUGAGAAUGGCAAAGGAGAACUGAACAGAGUCCUUGGACUGUUUGAUCUUACUGCACUGGGUAUAGGUGCCACCCUGGGUCUAGGUGUUUAUGUUCUUGCUGGAAGUGUCGCCAGGGAAACAGCUGGACCAGCUGUUUGUCUGUCGUUCUUGAUAUCUGCAAUAGCUUCUGCAUUUGCUGGAAUGUGCUAUGCUGAAUUUGCCUCCAGAGUUCCAAAAGCUGGAUCUGCUUAUGUGUACAGUUACGUUACCGUUGGGGAGUUUAUAGCUUUCAUCAUAGGCUGGAACCUAAUCCUAGAGUAUGUAAUCGGUACUGCCAGCGUGGCAAGAGGCUUAAGUAACUAUAUUGAUGCAUUGACAAAUCAUGUCAUGGCAAAGGCACUUAGAGAUGCAAUGCCUAUCGAUAUCUCAUUCUUAUCAGAGUAUCCAGACUUCUUUGCUUUUGCUAUGGUUAUACUUCUUGCCAUUUUACUUAGCGUGGGAGUCAAGGAAUCGUCAUUGCUUAACAAUAUUUUCACUACUAUCAAUUUAGUGACAAUCGCGAUAGUCCUCGUGGCAGGUUCCAUUAAAGCUGAUGCUUCAAAUUGGUCCAUCGCCGUUGAGGAUAUACCGGAAACUGUAAAAAAUCCUGGAGUUGGAGGAUUCAUGCCGUUUGGCAUAAGCGGCGUUAUGGCUGGAGCUGCUACUUGCUUCUAUGGAUUUGUUGGCUUUGAUGGCGUUGCAACAACUGGGGAAGAAGCUAAAAAUCCUCAGCGUAACAUUCCAUUAGCUAUUGUGAUGUCUCUUGCUGUUAUCUUUGUAGCAUACUUUAGCAUCUCAACAGUAUUGACUAUGAUGUGGCCAUAUUAUGAUCAGAAUGCAGAUGCUCCUUUUCCAUAUGUUUUUGAACAAAUUGGCUGGCCAGCUAUCAAAUGGAUUGUUAAUAUAGGAGCUAUCUUUGCUCUGUGCACCAGUCUUCUUGGUGCAAUGUUCCCAUUACCCAGAGUUCUUUAUGCCAUGGCCAGUGAUGGAAUACUAUUUAAAUGUUUGGCUAAAGUUCAUUCGCGGACUAUGACCCCGAUUUUCGGGACUCUGUUAUCCGGUUUGUUCACAGGUAUCAUGACUCUUGUUUUUAACCUUCGGCAACUAAUUGACAUGAUGUCCAUUGGUACACUUUUAGCUUAUACUAUUGUAGCUAUAUCCGUGCUCAUUUUGAGGUAUGAGAAGAACGAAUCUACAAACAAAAACGGGUUAACUUCGACCAUGGAUAUUCCUGUGGAACGAACACCAAUGAGUUUCUUCAAGCUGCUCUUUAAUUUAAACAAUAAUAAGCACCCGACAGAAUAUUCUGGGAGUGUUGCUAAGUGGGGUAUUUUACUGUACAGUAUCAUCGUCUUCGCCGUGGGAUUCUUAAUUAAUUACGUAGGAGAUCAAGUACUCUCUGGGAAUGUGAUAUACUGUGCGAUUAUAGCAUUACUGGUGUUAAUUAUGUUACUAAUAAUUGCUAGUAUCGGAAGACAACCAGCUCAGAAACCAAACUUAUCCUUCAAGGUUCCUCUAGUGCCUCUGAUACCCUGUCUUAGUAUCCUUAUCAAUCUAUAUCUGAUGCUGCAAUUAGAUGUGUACACUUGGAUAAGAUUUGUGGUGUGGAUGAUAAUAGGUUUUGCUAUUUACUUUUUAUAUGGAAUAAGUCACAGUGUUCAGGGAAAACGCAACCAAAUCGAAAUGGAAACGAAAACGCAACAGAUAAGCGAGAAAUUUCGUAGUUGUACAAAGUUUUAGACAAUUAAUCUGAAUUAUUCAUAUUUUCGGAAGAAUCUUCCCUGUCAAGGAUUAAAUCAUGCUGAUAACGGAAGCCCUGUUAAUUAACACACAAUAAAAGCAAGUGUGCCUGAUAAGCAUUUGUCUUCCAGAGCCUGCCUCAGAAAGAAAAAGUUAGAAGAAACUAAAAGAGAAAAACCUGUGAAUAAUUUAGAAUCUCAAGUCAAACUAACUACAAAUCUUUUUUUUCAACACAUGAAACUGGAAAUAGACAAUGAAUCAACACCGAAUGAUCGAUCAUCACGUUUGAAGUGUAGUGAUAAAAUAUUUACAGACGUUUGUAUAUCUUUUCGCUCACUAUUUUAUAAUGCCGUCCUAAGACAGACACGAGCUGGAAUCAUUCUGUAUAUAUUGCAAAAAGAAUCUGUUAUAUUUUUAUGAUACACAAAUAAAUAAUAUAUUUUAAGUAAA